CUCUGGAAGGCCAGCUGACGCAAAGCUUUUUUCCACCAAUAAACAGGAGCGAGGGAAGGCGCCAAGAGCAUUAAUCGGCUCCGGCUACUGGCUGCAGCACCAGUUGCAACCUGCUCCCACCGAGGCUGCUCUGGGCGAGCAGUGGGCACCCUGUUCGCCGUCAUGUUGCUGCUGCUGCUAGUUGCCAGCGUCCUUCUCGUCCCCUGUAUCCGCUCCACGGCCCCGGGCCAAGACUCAAAGGCCACUCGCUUCGUCUGCACCUCGGUGCCGUUGGAUGCAGACCCCAGCUGCCCGGUGCCAGCCGUGCCCAUGCCAGUGAACACAGCCCAAGAGCAGGAGCUUCGUGCCACCGUCGUGCAGCUGAGGGAGACCAUCCUCCAGCAGAAAGAGACCCUGGGCAACCAGAAAGAGACCAUCAAGGAGCUGACCAGUAAGCUGACCAGGUGCGAGAGUGCCCAGCUGGAUGCCAAGUACAAGGGCAGCCGCAGGAAACAGCACGACCAUGUGUCUGGCAAAGACACCAUGGGCGACCUGCCCCGCGAUCACAGUCAAGUGGUGGAUCACCUGGGCAGGACCAUCCAAGCGCUGAAAGAUCGACUCGGGAGCCUCGAGCAGCAGACACACCCCAAUUUUUCCAACCAUACUUUCCCCAGUGACCUCCGUGAACAGCUUCAGAGGAAGCUGGGGGAUUUGGAAAGUCAGCUGUUAAAUAAAGUCUCUGAACUUGAAGAUGAGAAGUAUGUUCUUCUGAAUGAGACAGCAGCCCAUCGUUACAAGACAGAGUCUGCCCUCAAUGCCUUGCAUGAAAGGGUUACUGAAUUAGAGAAAGAGAGUAGCGGCUUUAAGUCACCUGAUGAUUUCAAGGUGUCGCUACCUUUGCGAACUAAUUACCUAUUUGCCAGGAUAAAGAAGAGUCUCCCUGAGAUGUACACCUUUACUGUGUGCAUGUGGAUCCGCUCCAGAGCAUCGUCUGGUAUUGGAACACCUUUCUCUUAUGCUGUGACCGGACAAGCUAAUGAAAUUGUGCUAAUUGAAUGGGGAAAGAAUCCAAUUGAAUUACUUAUUAACAACAAGGUUGCUCAGCUGCCCAUUAAUAUUAAUGAUGGCAAGUGGCAUCAUAUUUGCAUAACAUGGACCACUAGGGAUGGUAUGUGGGAAGCUUUUCAGGAUGGCCAAUCACAAGGCACGGGGGAGAAUCUGGCACCUUGGCAUCCCAUCAAAGCAGGUGGUGACCUGAUCCUGGGACAGGAGCAGGACUCAGUUGGAGGAAGGUUUGAUGCAACUCAGGCAUUUGUUGGAGAACUGAGCCACUUCAAUAUCUGGGAUCGCAUCCUCACUCUGGAAGACAUCAGAAGCAUGGCCAACUGUUCUGCCAACCUGGCUGGCAACAUCAUUCCCUGGAUUGAUAACAAUGUGGUUGUGAAUGGUGGAGCCAACAAGUUGCCACUGGAGACUUGCAAGGAGCGCUUGGUUAGUUCCUGAUCCCUGGUCAGGAUUCACUUAAGUGCCGCUUUCUUUUCCUACAGACAACUUUCUGUGAUAUGGUGAAAGGUAUAUUCUUUUUUCCCAGCUGAAUUUUCCCUUCCUGGGAGGGAGCACUGACUGUGGUAUUUUAUUUUGUGUCUUUCAAACUAAAUGAUGCUGUCAGCCAUACAUCAGUAGGUAGCAUGCUCGUCAGAUGAUGAUGUGCUCAGGUCCUAACCAGAGACUUAAACACAGAAAAUCCAAGUGAACAUCCCCAGUGCAGUUUUGCAGGAGUGUCGCACAUUUGGAGGUGCCAUUUUCAAGAGAGAGAUUAAACUGAGGCCCUGGCCAUUACUUUAAUGGGUGUUACAACAUUUCAUAGCAUUAUGUCAAGAUGAUCAGUUGAGAACUGCCUCCCAUUCCCCACCUGUCAUGUUGAAUAUUUAUCCCUCAAUCAAUAUCACUAAUAAGUAGGCAACCUGAUUUUUAACAAAUUCCUCUUUGUGGGAUCUUGUGCACAAAAUGGCUGAUGUCCUUCCUUAUUGUUACAGUCACUACAACUCAAAAAAUAGUUAAUUGGCUACAAAGCAUGUCUGGACAUUUCAGGGUCAUGAAAGGCAUUGUAUAAAUGUGUGUUCCUUUCAUUCUAAUUUACAGAAGUGUCUGGGAAAGCAUUUCUGUCUGAAAUGUUAAUAUUUCAAAAGCUGAUUGAUUUGUAUUGAUUUGCACACUUAUCGCUAUGGCCCAGAUAUUGCAAUCAUCAGCAAAGAUACUGACCUUGAAUAAAUGUGCCCACAAAGAUUAAGAUCUGGUCUGAAUUCCCUUUCCCAACUUAAGUUUGAAUCUAGCAGGAAGUCAAGGGGCUUCCAUGCCAUAGUGAUGUCAUCAAACAGAGUAGACAGCCAAUCACACUGAAGUAUUUUCACAGACAGCAAACCAGUAAGUCAAAAUGCAAUGAUUAUUCUUCACUUUUAGCUAUAUCUUUCAGAGACCAGAUGAAAUAUUGGGAAGUACCCAUGGCUUGGGUUAAAUGUUUAAAUAUCACAAAGUUUUUUUAAAAAUCAAGAUCUUUCAGAACAUAUGGGGAGCUUUUAUAAUUAUAACGAAGAGAUUUGAUGUUCUACAAAUAUAAAAUUACCCUUUCAGGGCCAGAGAGGUUUUCCAGUGUAAAUUAUGAAUGUAGAACACCAUUUAAAACCCAUAUAGAUAUCAUGCAACAAGGUGUAACUUUUACAACUUUCACUGUGAAACUAAUAGCAAAAAGUGCAAAUUGUUAUUGGUUCAGUAAUGUCUACUUGAAUGCAGACUGUGGUGACUUCAAUAAUGCGCCCUAUGAGGAAGCAUGAAUUACUGACAGCAACAUCUGGAUUUCCAUGUUUAAUUGCUCACAUGCAGAUUUCUGUAGCUACUGUCUGUUUUAGAGAUGUAAUGAAAGUGAAUGCUGACAUUUCCAUCAUAAUUACUAUCACAGAGCCAAUCUUUCUAGUAUUCCCACUUCUAUGUCACAAGAAUUCAGCUGGGGAAAAGAGGAGCUACAGAAACUUUCCUGUUGUAACAUGUUCUCUGUUUUGCAGUCACUUUAUCUGCUGGUAGUCACAGGGCAAAUAGAUAGUUCAGCCAAACAAAACAGCACAACUUUUUCACACCAUUACUUUUAUUCUUGAUGUUUGAGAAAAGUCAAAGCUUAUAGUUUUUUUGCAUUAAUGUUAUUUUCUGUAAAUAACCAAAUGUUUUAAUCAUUGGAGUGACAAUUUGUAAACCUAUUUUCAUCAGCUUCAACAAACAGACUUUUUAAAAAAUUGAUCAACCGAGAAUCAUAGAUUUAAAUUAGCUUUAUUCUGAAUUUGAAUGGCUUUACUAAAUGCUUUGUGCCAAAGGUACAUUAUCCAAAUUUCAGAUGAUGUAGCACACUUCUUUUAAAAACUGAUAUACUUUAAAAGUGUGAGACUAGCUUGUCCUCUGUCCUUCAGAUGUGACUUGUUAUUCUGUUUGUGCUUUUGCCAGCUCACCAAAAACACUGAAACCGUAGCCAAUCAUUCAAAGGCCAUUCUGCCAUGGUCGAGGCCAUGGUGGUAGGUGGUUUGACCUUGAAGAGCACCUUUUAGGCACCCAAUCCUGUCCUCACAUGUGCAUUCCCAGUUGGAACCAGGUUGAUAAUCCUUCAUCUCUUACCCUCCUCACCCAGAAUACUGGGCCCAAUUCUAACAUUCCCAGCUCUGUGCGCCAUUAGCAAAUCUAGCCCAACUCAGCAUUGAAUGCAAUUGUUUCUGGUCUUGACAUUGUGACUUCCCUUACUGAGUCCAAAAAAGGGCAUUGGGUCUCAGUUGAAAAGGAAUAGAUAAAAAGCAAAUAAAGCCAGAAGCAACGUGCAGUCAGAUGGUGUUGCAAAGUGGAUGGAAGAGUGUGGACAUUAGGCCUGCCAGAAAUCAGUGUGAAGUUGAAAUGAACUGCAAUUCCACAGCCUCUCUAUUUGAAGAUAACUGCUGUUGAUUAAAGGAGCUGUUUGGCAGAAUCCAUGCUAUUUGUACUUUGUGAAAUAGUGACAAAAGCAAAGUAUUUCAUGCUUUUAACAUGCAAAUAUUACCCAACAGGUAAGAUGCUGGGGCUUAGAAAUAGAACAGUUGGUGACUGGAAUUUGUUAGAGCUGCUAGCAAGUGAGAAUGAAACAGUUCUUGGGUCGGAGCACAAAACAGGGAACUAAUAAUCAACAGGCAGUACAUUUCACAGUUUACCAGAUGGCAAAACAAAGUUAGUAAGUUUGGGCAGUAUUUCUGUCAGAGCUAUUCAUUCCCACUUUUACUCCAAUCGAUUUGUCUGUCCAAGCCUGCAAUGGGAUAAACAGAACAUCAGUUAUAGUUUCACAACUAAUUACAGUCAGGGGGUUAAUUUAUUUUGUAAUGUUCUCUUCCUUUUCUGAUGCUAUUGAGAUUUACAAGUGACACCUUAGUGUCUAUUACAUAGCAUUCUAGGUGCUGGUUGUGGAUAGGAUACUUGACCUUGUGAGCAGUCACAGCUAAAAUCAAUCCAGUUCUGCAUGAUACCCAUUCAUGCUCACCUUCCAUUCCAAGUUACUGAGACAUUGUAAGGAAUGGAAACACUCUCUAAUUUAUCCCCUUUCUCCAUUACAAAGAUAAUUGUGGAAUUUCCAGCUAAGAUUAACAGAGAGUUGGCAUUCUUAAAUGAAACAGCAUGACCCUGGGGCAACACAUUACCCAUCAAGGAAAACAAUUAGCAUCAAACCAUACAAGACCUGAGCUGUGAAAAUCAGCCUAUUUGGCUCAUCAUGCUUGUUCUUGCUCUUCAAAGAGCUAAUGAAUUAAUCUCAAUCCUCUGCCCAUUACCCAAUUUAUUUUUCUUUUCAUGUAACUGUCCAAUUUUAUUUUUAAAGUUACCUGUGAAUCUGCUUCCACUGCCUUUUUCGCCUGUGCAUUCCAAGCCGUGAUAACUUGCUGCGUAAAGGAAUUUGUUCUCAUCUCCUCUUGGGUUCUUAUGAUUAUCUUAAAUCAGUUCCUUUGGUUACUAACCCUACUGCCAAAGGGGAUAGUUUCACUUUACUAAGAUGUGAGAAGAACCACAAUAUUUGCAUUUUCUGGAUCGAUCAAAAGACCUAGAAUUAUGCUUGAGAUUUAGUGUGGUCUCUGUGAUCUUAUGACUACACCAAUGAACGUGUUCAUAUUGAGAUCCUGUCUUGCCGGUUGAUGCAAUUGUGUUAAACCAAUGUGAAAUGGGCUUAAAAAUACAUACUACAAGCACGAAUUUGCUGUAACUUGUUAAGUGAUACAUCCCAUUUGUGGCAUUAAACACAUUUACAUAGAGAAAAAAAGAACUGAAAGUCGGAAAAUGGGUGAUAAAAUGGCAUUUAGCCCAAAUGCUGGUGCUAGCUCUUUGAAAGAACUAUCCCAUUAGGGCAACCACCUCUGAUCUUUUUCAAUUGCCCACCAAGUUUUCUCUUCUUUAAGCAUUUAUUAGUUCUUUAUUCUAAGUCACAACUGAAUCUACUUGCAUUGACAUUAAGUCAGUCUGCUUCAGAUCAAAAUAACUCAUUGCAAAAAAUAUUUUCAACUCAUCUCUCCUUCUUCUGUUGAUUAUUUUAAAGUUGCAUCCUCUGAUCACAAAGUUCCUGACAUUGUAAACAGUUUAUCCUGAUGUACUCACUAAAAUCCUUCAUGAUUUUCAACUCCUAUAUUAAAUAUCUCCUGAUUUUUAUUUCCUUUGCAAUCAAUGUACAGCAGACAAGUGGUUCACUAGUGCCCUUUUUAACCCUUCACACAACAUCAAGAUCCCUCCAAGCCCGCGGACUUCUGGUUCAAUGAAUAAAGAUACAAUUAAACUGUCUGAAGCUUAUGUUGAAAGUAGCCAAACUUCAUGCUUGUUACAUGGUCUACUCUUUAUCUGUAUCCCAUUUUUCUGAUUUUAGAAUGGCUGUCAAAAGAAAUGUGUCUUUCUACGUCAUGCGGGACUGUGUUAUUUUGUCUGUCUUUGUGGAAUUGUUUCUUGUGUGCCAGUAUAACUGUCUUUGUGAGAUACUGGCCAUCUCUUUUAUUGCGUGGCAUUCAAGUUUCAAGAAGCAUUUUGAAUUUUCAAGAUGAAAAGUUUGCAUUUUAUGACUUUUUUUCAUUACAUUGACUGUAUACAUGAAUGUCUUUAGUCCUCUUGUUUAUUUGAUGUUUUUGCAUCAAAAUGAUUGUUAUAUCUUUUGGUAAAAAAGAAAAAAACUAAAUAAAAAGGAAUGCAUUAUAUUAGUACAUCAA